AGGACAAAAAGGCUUCUCCUUUAUAAUCCUCCUCUCCCCCUUUCUUCCACCGCUUCAGGCAUCAUUUCGACAUUACUGUCAUCCUCCACCUUCCACUGCCUUCGCAAUGUCAACUGCUCACUUCACUGAAGACCAAGAACAUGAAAAGUUUCUCCUUGAGGCUUCUUCCUCUCCCUCUAAAGAGACCAUUUUGAGGAGCAGGGAAGGAAGAACGGCCUCGAAUCUGGAUUUGUCCUGCAGCUUUGAUCUAUCUACAAUGGGCGUGAGCUAUAGAUUUGCUUCCUCCGUCCUCCUCUGCCCGGAAGACGGCAAAAGCAUCCUGGGAAGUGAUGAGGAGGAGAAACAAGAGCAGGGCCUCAAUGGAGAGGUUGAAAGGCGCAGCCUUUGCCAUUUCUCUGGCGAAGGGGGCGAUUUUUAUGGGGAACCCUUGCCGUCUGAGGAUCGCAUCGCCUUGAUGGUUGAGAGGGAGUCCCAUCAUCUCCCGGAGGGAGACUAUGCCGGGAGGUUGAGGAGGGGGCAGUUGGACCGGGCUGUGAGGAGUGAUGCCAUUGACUGGAUUCAGAGGGUUCAUGCACAUUACAAGUUUGGACCUUUGAGUGCCUACUUGUCUGUGAAUUACUUGGAUCGGUUUCUCUCCGCUUACAAUCUACCGCAAGGUAAGGCUUGGAUGACACAAUUGUUAUCGGUGGCCUGCUUAUCCAUUGCUGCCAAGGUGGAGGAAGCCGAGGUUCCUUCGUCUCUAGAACUACAGGUAGGAGAGGCAAAAUAUGUAUUUGAGGCCAGGACCAUACAGAGAAUGGAGCUUCUAGUGCUUAGCACCCUCAAGUGGAGGAUGCAAGCAGUUACACCCUUCUCAUUCGUUGAUUACUUUUUGUAUAAACUCAGUGAUGAAAAGUCACCAGAUAGCUUACUAAUUUAUCGCUCUAUGGAUCUCAUUUUGGGCACCAUUAGAGAGAGUGAUUUUCUAGAAUUCAGACCUUCGGAGAUUGCUGCAGCGGCUGCACUGUCAGCCUUGAAAGAGACUCAAAAUUCGGGGAUUGACAAGUCUUUAACAUGCUGCAUCCAUGUAGAUACGGAAAGAGUCUUGAGGUGUCAUCAAGUGAUUCAAGAGAUGACUUUGAUGAAGAACAGGACAUAUAGUGACAACAACAGUCCAUCAGUUUCUACUGUGACAAAGAGUCCAAUUGGGGUACUGGAUGCUGGGGUCGCGAGCUAUGAGAGUGAUGAUACAACAGCUGGAUCACAUGCAGAUUGUCAUCAUUCCUCGCCAGCUACCAAAAGGAGGAAACUAAACAGGCCAUCAACUUCGUGAAAGGAGGGAAAUUUUGUGGUGUUUCCCUGUUUGAUCGAUAUUCCAAAUCAGUUUAAUUUGCUACGAAGAGCUUUGCCGUGGCCAGCAUGUGCCUGAAGAUGUAACUAGCUUUAAAUCAGUAGACGAGAAAGGGGAACAAAGGGUUUGUGAAUUCUAAGUUCAUCCAUGUACACCUGACGAGAUCCACAUUCUUAGAGCAUAAUGCAUGAAUGCACGGUCGAUAAUGAGAUAUAUCAGGCUGGAUCUUUUAAAUGUGUGAGAAACUCAUAUUGUCAAACAAAAAUUGAAAAAACCUGAUGUUUUUU